GGCAAUUCAGCGGGCAUGCACUUUUCCCGAGCGCACACGCGCCACCGCCGACAGAUGACGCGACGGCGCACGGUGUGUGUGCGACAUAUCUCGUGUAUACACGGGAGGGAGGCUCUUGACUUGAUAUGUCUCUUCGAGCGAGGAGCAGGAGAUAUUUCGCGAUAUCCGAUUCGCAUACGAGACGCUCACGUAUAUGCGCAAUCAUAAUCAUACGACGCAGCACACGUGCGUCACAACUCCGGCUCCUAGUCACGAUUCCGACCGGUUUCCUGGAAGCCUGGAAAAAAGACUUUUCUAGAGAAGAGGAGGAAACGUUCAGGCGUUUUCCUUGCGAGACAUAUCUGUGAUUAUAUCUCGCACUUUCUAGGUUGCUCCAAGAAAAAAGAAAUGAAGAUAAAAACACACAUGCUUAUACUUGAUAAAUUUACCAAGAAGUUGGAACAACCGGCCCUAGGAACGUGAAGGAUAUUCUAAGCUGUAAAACAUUUAAAAAAGCAAUGCAUUAACAUAAGAAAUUGCUAUUGUAUAUCUUAACAGAAUUGAUAACGUUUCCCUCCCCUCUCCCCGAAAAAAAUUCUGGAUACGCCCAUGCUGGGAUAAAAUAUAUCCUGUGAGUAAUGAAAAAUUAAUAGAAAAGAUAAAACAACCGUGCAAGUAAAAUAUAGAAUUUAAAUAAUGAUAUAAAUAUAAAUAAGGGUGAAACAAAAUCAAUAGAUGGGAUAAUUUUAUGCGUGUAAUAUAAUUUCCAUGCGUGUACACAAGUUGGAUUACAAAAAAACUAGAUGGUCAUCAUAGUGUAAUGACGCCGAAUGAUAGCUCGCGGUGGGUGUGCUAAUAAAAUUGGGGUGAUAAUAACGAUCAAUUUAUCGAAGCUGUUCGCGUCCACGUUCACGUCGAUCGUUCCCUUCACUCUCGCGAUAUGGGGUUGGAAAAGUAUAAAGAGUAAUAAAACGAGUGUACAACAAAGCCGACGUUGACACACGUCGAGGUCUCGUCGCGACUAUGCCGGGCACGGCAGGGCGCAGCAGACAACUCCAACAGUUGUGCACGUGCCGACACAAAGUAUACACCCAUCAGAAGGAAAGGGCGAAGGACCGUUGCAAGAGGAAGAGGCAGGUCUUCGUGUACAAUCCAGAGGAGGAGAUCUGGCACGAGCCCUACAUGCAGACGCUUCGCCGCGAGUUCUCGGACGAGUCCGUGCUGUGCGACUCUAAGAUCGAGCUACCCUGGAGGGACAUCGCUCUGUCGAUGGCGAUGAGGAUUCGUCCGGACAUGACCCUGCCGGCGGUCGAGGGGGAAACAGACGAGAUUGAAACGAAGACUAUCAGCGGCGAGAGGCGGGAGUCCAUCGGUGCUAUGACACUGCCGUGGCAAGAUCUGCUCAUCACGGAAAUCCCGUGCGUCACGUUGGACCCGGGAGUCUGCGACUCCUCGUUGGAGAUACCUUGGGCCGACCUGCUCCUGGAGAAACGUCCGGAGAUACGUCCGCCGACAGAGGAGCAGAUCUGCGCGCCCGACGACGUCGAGAUCCCCUGGGACGAGAUCCUGGUGCCGCGCAACAUCGUCAUCAGAUCCGAGAGAAGGCGGAAGCAUCCCUCGUCCGAUCGACCGCCGUGCCCGCGUGUCGACACGAUGUGCACCACCUGCGGCACGCCUACCUACUGCGCGAAAAUCCGCGCGAAGAUCCGCUCGGGAACCCAACACGCGAAAACCAACGCCGCAAACAUUCCGGGCUCCAAUUGGAUCUUCGCCUGUUCGCUUUCAGGAGGAGUUAAACAUUUAUUUAUUUACCGUGAAAAUGAACAGUAUCGAUUAAAUGUGAACGAUUAUUUGUUUAUCAUGAAAUCAGUGGAAAAAAAGACAUCGUUUUCCUCGCUUUUGUGUUUACGCGCGAGAAUGUUGGUUUACCAGCGGAGCGGAAAGAGAGAGAGAUGUGAAGUCAGUGGCGCCGCCGCGCGCCAGCUGUCGCGCUUCGGCAGCCAUCGGGUCCGGUCGGCUCUCACGAUUCGCCGAUCCGCGGCGGGUAGCCAGCCAGUCGGCACUUGUCGGCGAAUGCGUGCGGUGGUACGUCGUAUGUACGAGGAGCACGCGCGAAGGAGUAAGAGAGAGAAAGAGAGAGAGAGAGAGAGAGAGAGAGAGAGAGAGAGAGAGAGCGUCGUGCGCGCAACGAAAAUGGCGUAAGAGUGACCGAGGCGUGUGGUGUGUGUUCGCCGCCCUGCCGUGUUUUCACAAAAGAACGAAGGGCGUGGGUCGCCAUCAGGGAGACGCAGAGCCCGUUGUUCGCGGCCGAGUUCCUUGGGCUCUCUUCUUCUCUUCCCCGCGGGGACAGUCGCGAAAGCCGUGCGGAGUGCGCGCCAUGAUCGAGUCGGGACGACGAACCCGGCGACGUUGUUAGGGUGGCAUUUAUGCAGUGUGUACCACGAGGAGUGUGCCUCGGUGAGCUGUCGCGAGGUGACAGAGGUGACGACCCCGGCUGUUGUCGCCGUUGUUAUUGUCGCGCGUCCGGUGAACGACGACCCGAACGUCGUGACGUGACGUGACGUGACGUGACGUGACGUAACGCGACGCGACGCGACGGCGACGUGACGGGUGACACGCCGAGUACGACGAGGACGAGGACGCAUCUGCCGUCACCGCGUGACGUGCAUGAACCCCGAAAAGGUGGGCGAGGGAUGGCCGUCCGCGCGGCCGCGAUUAGGAUUCGGUGAUCCUGCCGCCUGCUCGUGACAGCUCGACGACGACUCGCUCCGAUCCGGGCGAGACCAAGAUGGCGCCACCGACGUUUUGACACUUGCCGAAGGACGUUCCGUCAGCUGGACUUCACCGCCGCCCGCAGGCGACCCGUCGAUUAUGAGCAGAGAAUUCUACGUACCCUGCACACCUUACGUCUAUCAGGUAAGGAUGUCGUAAUUAUUAUUCGCCUUCAUGUCUUCCGUCGAGGGUGCGUCGAAUGUCUUCGCAUCGCGUCGUCGCAUCGCGACGGUUCUUUAUCUUGGCUUUUAGUCCCUCGACGUCUCGAAGAUUUUUAAUAUUUUCACGACCUCUCUGCUCGAGAUUCGAAAGCGAGGAGGUUGUGUUGACAAGCAUUUUUUUUUUUUAAUAUUGAGCGUAACGUGUAACACGUGUUAGGGAAAAACUGUAAUAUUUCGGUUCGUGCUUUGCAAAGAGGAAAACAAAGUGAGAAAUCUAUAUAAAAACGCCACGAAUUCUAUGAUGUUUAAUUAUAGAUGCGCGAUCACGCGGUGGUGAUGAAAAUAUGAUCUUUGGAGUAUUUAUUGUUAUUAUUGUGAGAAUAUCAGUUGGACGUUUUCCUGUUUGUUUACAUUGCAAAUUUCAGGUUCAGAAAUUAAAAUGUAUUCCCAUAAGUGUUUUGUUUUGCAAAAUUCUUUUAUUUGAAAUUAUCACAUUGAAAAAUUUAACGUCAUGUUGAUCAAGUUUAAUUUAAUUGUUAUACAAAUAAUAUGUGUUUGACAAAAAAAUUAUUUUUUUUGUGCAAGGAGAAAAUUUUAUAAUAAAAAUUACUGUGGUAAAUGGUAAGCGCGAAUCAAGGAAGGAAUUAUGGAAAUUUUUACUAUGUUUUUCAUAACAUUAUCAUAGUAUUUACACCACUUAUGGUAUAAUUCUCUAAAAUUUCUUUUAUUGUCGCAGCUACUAUUCUACGUAGCAGUUUUACUAUAAAAUUUUCUCCGUGCAGUCUUUUGGAUGCUGAAUAUGGUUCCAGUUUCUAAAUUGCUCUAUCGCUUACAAUUUUGAAAAAUUUGCAAUUAAAAUUGCAAAAGAGCUAUUUUGACGUAUUUUUUCAUAUAAACGAGGUCAACUGCUAGGAAAAGCUGUUUUCCAAUUUGCCUACGUUACAAUUUUAUAUUGAAAUUGAGAUAUAUAUUUUUAUAAAUAUUUUAUUUUGCGAUAUUAAAUCUGUCAUUUGAAAUUAUCUCGUUGAAAAUAUUACGCAUGAAAUAUUAUCCAAGCUUAAUUUGCUGACAAAACAAAUUGUGAAUUGCACACUCCGAGGAAACAUCUGUUAUUUUCUAUAGUUUAAAAUCUCGUCAUUGUAGCUGUUUCAUGUUGAACGCAUAUGCGCUUACAAUGUAUCUGAAUUACGCGAUAUAAUUGAUGAUAUAGAACAAAAACCGACCGGACGCAAAUGGUCGAUAUUGAAACGUAACGACGUUCAAAUUGAUAAGUAGGAUUGUACCGUUGAUUUGUACAUCGGUCUCUUUUAUCAACGACAUGAUGAUAUGAUUCAGAUAUGAGUAAUACAUCUGACAGGGAAGCCUCGAAGAGUUCAGAUACUCCGAAACCGCGAGGUUCCGUGGAAGAUGAUACACCCGUUAAUCAUUUCGACUCAUGUAGACAUUCCGAUAAGAAAUCUCUGCUCUCCGCGAUGAAGCAGAAGGUGAGGAUACGAUACUUGGGAUCUCUUGAUAGAAGGAAGAAGUUGAAAAAUAGUGAUCUAGAUGUUAGAGGAUACUUCGUUGGGCUCUGAAACAACGCUCACCGAACAGUUUUGGUUUCGUUGUUAUGUUUGAAACGACUUAUAUUGCAAUGUCAGUUCAAAGGGUUAGCUGUUAUUUGUCUAUUUCUUUCUUUCUUAAUGUUCUUCUUAAUCUGACGUAUAAUAUUUGACUUGCGCUAUUGGGUAUCUAGAGCCUUACUUUGAAAUGUUGUAAAUAAAAAAACGAAAAGAAUAAUAUUUGUCGACUGAACUGGCCAGAUUUAUUAAUUGAUGUUAAUUACACAACGUUUCGAUUGUCGAAUGAAAUGGUCAGAUUUAUUAAUUGAUGUUAAUUACACAACCUUAAUUUUAGGUCCUUUUCCAGUGUUCAAUUAAUAACGCCGAUUUUCUAAAUAGAGCUAACUCUCUGAAAGUUUUAUAGAUGAGAGUCUGAGUUUUGAAGGAUUUGCGGUUGAGAGAAGGUAGAAUGUGAUGGAAUAUUGUGUACGUGUUUUGCGUUAUGAACUUUUGUAGUAUUCCAUUACAUAAUUAAUGCGAAGUCUUCCGUGUUUAUCCGUCGCGGAUCUUACGACUCGUUCGAUUUAAUGAGAAAGAAAUCAAAUUGCUCAUUAAAUAAAAAUUGUCACGUGGGUGUUUUAAAAAUUUACUUCCUGUUUACUAGAGGAGAAGAUGGACCAUGUAGGUAUUAUGAUCACUCUGUUAUUGGGUAACGAAUUCUAGUAAUUACAGGAUAAAAUUGUUACUUUACAAUCGCGUUAAUUGCGGAAGCUUUAACUAUAUAAGUGCCCAGUAAGAAGAUGCAAAUAAAUGUGUCGAGUGACCAGACAAUUAUAAACCUAAUGAAAUGUUAUUUAAACAUCCUAAUCGGCUUUUGCGACAUGAGGGAGGGGCGUGCUUUACGUUCGGGAGGAAGCAUCGUCUAAUGAACACAAUGCACAGAUUAGAUCGAAGCUGCCCACCUUUCAUAAUCCUUUGAAGCGUUUUAUGAAAUCGAGGAGUGAGAGGGAGACCGAUUCUGAAGUGGAGAACGUGAAUCACUGUGAAGUUCGUCCGUCCUGUCUCCGAGAAUACCGACAAGCUCGCGAGUCUUGGCAGUGGUAAGAAUUUACGUUCGCUGAUCAUUGA